AUGGCGUACUACCUUACAGACGGAAUCUAUCCGAAAUGGUCAACAUUUAUCCAAUCCAUCCCACUACCUCAAGGUCUUAAAGCUGAGCUUUUUGCUGAAAAACAAGAAUCCGCCAGAAAAGAUGUCGAACGUGCUUUCAGAGUUUUGCAAUCGAGGUUUGCAAUAGUUAAAAAUCCGGCUCUACUAUGGGACAAGGAAAAGAUUGGAAAGAUUAUGAGAACUUGUGUCAUACUACACAAUAUGAUAGUAGAGAACGAACGAAACACAUAUAUUCUGUCUGAUACAUCUGAGUUCGAGUCGGGAGAGUCAAGCAGGAGUUCACAGGUGGAAAUCUCGCAACCUACGGACUCCCCUUCCAACUUUGUUAGUAGGCAUGGCAUUCAAGCUCAAAUUCGGGAUCAACAGAAACAUGAUCGUUUGAAAGCCGAUUUAGUUGAAAAUAUAUGGUAA